AUGAUUGAUCAGUAUAAACAUCAACACCUUCGAAUUGGAUCAGUUUCCUCUGAACAAAUAAGUGCUUGGGCAAAAAAAAUCCUACCUAAUGGAGAAACAGUUGGGGAGGUAACAAAACCAUAUACUCUUCAUUAUAAAACCAAUAAGCCUGAAAAAGAUGGAUUAUUUUGUGAAAGAAUUUUUGGGCCUAUAAAAAGUGGGAUUUGUGCUUGUGGAAAUUAUCGAGUAAUCGGGGAUAAAAAAGAGCAACCUAAAUUUUGUGAACAAUGCGGAGUAGAAUUUGUUGAUUCUCGGAUACGUAGAUAUCAAAUGGGGUAUAUCAAAUUAGCAUGUCCAGUAACCCUUAUGUGGUAUUUGAAACGUCUUCCUAGUUAUAUCACGAGCCUUUUAGAUAAACCUCUUAAAGAAUUAGAGGGUCUAGUAUACUGCGAUGUGUGA